AUGGAGUGGGCAUCGACCCCGGCCUCACAGGCUUCGACUUCAACACUCGGUAUCCCGGACGACCUUGGCCGGCACACCGUGGCCGCGGGCCCGCAAUGGGGCGCCCGAGACCCCCGGACCUCAUCCACUCAGUCGCUCGUGCCUUCGACCCAAGACGGCAACGACCACGGCGAAGGCCGAAAGAGGAAGCUCCUCGUGGUUUACAUCCACGGGUUUAUGGGAGACAACUCUUCUUUCCGCUCGUUUCCCGCCCACGUACACGCCUUCCUCAAAACCCUCCUAGCUGAGACCCAUGUCAUACACUCCAAAAUCUACCCCCGGUAUAAGACUUACAAGUCUAUAGGGGUAGCCCGCGAUAACUUCUCCCAGUGGCUGGCGCCUCAUGAAUCGCCAACUACUGAUGUGAUUUUAGUCGGGCACUCCAUGGGUGGGUUGUUAGCUGCAGAUGUGGUUCUACUACCCAACCAAAGCCCUUAUGGCGGCCCCUCCCCUUUCCGGCACCGAAUUCUUGGCACUAUCUCACUCGAUGCUCCCUUGCUCGGCCUUCACCCAGGUAUCGUCGUCUCGGGCAUCGCGAGUCUCUUCAGACCCACACCGGCCCCCCCAACACUAGAUAAUCAGGACUCGCAAACCGACCAUUUAUCCCCCAGACCGUCUCAGGAUCUCUCACCGGACCCAUCUAUCUAUUCUGAAGUCUCGCCCCCUCCCGGGACGGCCUCAUCUAGCCUCGCCUCUUAUCAGUCAAACUCAACCGUGGACUCCUCCUCACUAGAUUACCCAGACCCCCUUUUCAACCCUCCGUUCGCCAACGAUGUCGCAUUUGUAGACCGCGGCUGGUUCAAAAACGUUCUUCAUUUUGCGAAUAAGCAUCGGCGAGAGAAUCUUGUCAAUGCCGCCGCAAGCCACAUUGUUUCACAUCUCGAAUUCGGCGCCUGCCUAGCCGACUACCCGCAGCUCAACAUUCGAUAUAACAAGCUCAGAAAGUUGGAGGAUGUUGAGGACUUGGAACAAUCCGGACGCCCGCGCGUUCGGUUCGUCAACUAUUACACCAUAUCCACUGGUUUCAUCAAACCCCCAAAGCCACCUUCGCCUCAUGGACCGUCGUCGGAACCUCCAGAACCAGCCGGGGACGUCAAGGGAUUAUUACAGGACCUGAGUUCGCUUGAGUUAAAACCGGGAGAACCCCCUUUAGAGACGGAUGGAGAUACCCCCAGAAUAUCCGUGGAGUACGACGAUGGUUCAGAAACGGACAGUCUUCAAAUACUCGAGCCCAUGCCGGAACCAGAGCCGGAACCCGGCGCAGACUCGAAGCCUGACCCAACGCUAAAGCUUGCCCAGGAUGUACCCGAAACAAAGUUGGGAUCAGAUUCCCAACCUGACCCGGGCGCGGAGCCUAUAUCUGAGGCCCCGAACGAAAAGUCGGAGCCACAUCCCGAGGGCCUUCCACAGGAUCAGGCAUCCGAGCCCGACACAAAACACGACACCCCCGACGACCACUCUACGCAAGAAGGCCCCGUAGCCAACAACAACUCAGAUUUGCCCCCCAUCCCCGAUGUCCCCAUACCUCCCGAGACUCCCGAAUUCGAGGCAUACCCCGAUAAAGAGAGCCGCAAACAAGCCGAGAAAACCCACAAAGCCGCCCAAAAAGCGUACUCCCAAGCCAUCAAAGCCCGAGACAAGGCCAUCAAAGACUGCCAAAAGGCCCUCGAGAAACAACAGCGCAAGGCGCUCAAGCUAGAAAAGAAACAAGCCAAACUCCUCGCCAAGUCCGGCGAAACCGCCAACAGCACUUCCAACAACCCCCUCCAAGAAGAAGAUGACAAUACCACAGAAGCCAAAACCCCCCACAAACCCAACCCCCGCAAAGAAAAACCCCCCCGCCGCCGGAAAUUCUGCAUGCUCCCCCCGAAAUCCAACUCCGUCGUAGACCCGACCUGGGUGGAAGUUUACAUGGAAGGUGUCGACGAGGUUGGCGCGCACUGCGGCCUAUUUUUUCCCGGUCCUCAUUAUGAGCGGUUGGUGGGGGAUGUUGGGGAUAGGAUUGCUGGGUGGGUGUGGGAGGACGCGACGAGGAGGGUGCUUUUGGAGGAGAAAGAGGCGGGGGGUGUUUGA